AUGCCGGGUUCGAAUCCUGCGGUGAAAACCGAACCUACGGAAAGCUCGUCAGCCCCCGCUCUCAGCGCACCGGCCCCCGCGGCUACAAGCGGAAUUCACUGUCUGCCACCUCAUUUGCAGCAUCUUCCCAACUGUACCCCAGUCGCUGCCGAUCCUGUGACACAACGACAGAUUUGCUCCUGUGUUUCACAAUAUCAGAGAUUGGCGAGCAGCACAAUGUACGGCCCGCCCGCCUUAAGUCCUCCGAUCGGAGUCCCGCCACCGGCUUCUGCGCCCAAGGCGUCGACAGAUUCACAGGCCGCAACUGCAGCCGCUCUCCAGGCUGCGGCCGCAGCUGGAUUCCUUCCUCUAGGUGCUGCAGAUGGAGUUCCGUCGGCAUUCUACCCACCUGGCGCCAAUCCAGCCGGAGUUCCGACUCCUGGUGCAGGUCUUGAACUGAAGGAAAACCUCGAAGCUUGGAGGAAUCUCUCUCCAGCUGCAGCUGCGUACGCCUCGAUGUAUUCAGCUGGAUACCCAUACGAUGCUGCUACAGCACCUCUAGCCGGCUACCCAUUCGCAGGCUAUGGAAUGGAUCUGAACGGCGCCCGGCGGAAGAAUGCCACCCGCGAGACGACGAGUACGCUGAAAGCGUGGCUAAAUGAGCACCGCAAAAAUCCUUAUCCUACUAAAGGGGAGAAGAUUAUGCUUGCUAUUAUCACCAGGAUGACUCUUACUCAGGUAUCGACUUGGUUUGCGAACGCGCGACGGAGGCUCAAGAAGGAGAACAAGAUGACAUGGUCGCCGAGGAACCGCUGUGACGAGGACGAUGACGACGAUCUCGACGAGGCCACACCGACCAACAACAAUCAGACAGCGCCUCGAGAACAAAGUGAUUCCAAUAGAUCGAACCAAUCGUCUGGCGAUCACCAACGCGCAGCGAUGAUGGCCGCUGAGGAACUGGCGGCGCAGAGAAAUAAGCAGCUUGCCGAGUUGAUGCGCGGCCAGGAAAUGCUCAGUCAUCCCGCACUUCUCGGUCAUCCGCAUCCUCACCUCGCCCAACUACACGGCUUGUUGCAGCUGAAGCGACCAGCUCCAUCUCACGACGACGAAAACGAUUUGGUAGACGUUGACGAUGACCGUCCUGAACCUCCGUCCCCGAAAAGGGAGCGUCGAUCGAGUGAAGGCUCGGCCGCGAGCGAAAACGACGCAACUGCAAACGGGGGAACGGAAGGUUCGAAAUCGCCUCAAUCGAGACCGACCAUCCACCACACUAGCCCUGGCAGUCAGAAACCUCGUAUCUGGAGUAUCGUCGACACCGCUACCGAGACCAAGUCACCCGAACGAUCUCCACAGUCUUCGCCUCCACCAGCACCUGUCCUAAACUCAUUGUUUGCCGAUCGAUUAUUCGGUGCUUCGCCUCAACAGAAGCAGUGGUACGCCGCCUUGGCGCACAACGCGGCUGCGGCGGCGGCGGCAGCCCAGCUGGCACAGCGAGCGCAGUCGCCCGCGGCCUCAACGACGUCCUCGACGUCUUAA